AUGGGUAAAGCACCUUGUUGUGAGAAACAUGGAGUCAAAAGGGGAGCUUGGACUCCUGAAGAAGACCAAGCCUUGGUUGACUACAUCAAGGAGCAUGGUCAUGGAAGUUGGCGUACUCUUCCCAAACAUGCAGGUCUCUUACGAUGUGGAAAAAGUUGUCGGCUCCGGUGGAUAAACUAUCUUCGCCCUGGCAUCAAGCGUGGCCCAUUUACCAGUGAAGAAGAAAGUACAAUUGUUCAACUUCAUGGCAUGCUUGGUAACAGGUGGGCUGCUAUAGCAUCCCAAUUACCGGGAAGAACAGACAAUGAGAUUAAGAACUAUUGGAAUACCCAUCUAAAGAAGCGUCUCCUUCAAUCAUGUAAUUCCCUUAGAGCAAAACAGACAUGUCUGAAUCCGGAUCUAACUAUUGUCAAGUCUGAAUCUCCUUUGACGCGUCACAUGGUACAAUGGGAAAGUGUAAGAGUUGAGGCAGAGGCAAGGUUGUCCAUGGAAUCCUCGUUGCUCAAUUCAUGGCCGAUGAGUACAACAUGCCCUGACCACUUUCUUCAACUUUGGCAUUCUGAGGUUGGAAAGUCAUUUCGCAUGUUCAAGGGCAAGGAAGGAGUUGUGAGUCAAAGUCCUGUCUCACAUCCUUCAUCCUCGUCUAAAUUGGAGUCAUGUUCAGAUGUGUCAUUGCAGGUGAAAAACAAUGGAACUAGUAGUUGCGAUCCAUACAUUGAAGAUGUGAACAUGGUUCAUGAACAUAUAAGUAGCUACAAACCAAAGCUUGACGAUGACACAGCUGGGUCUGACUCAGGCAAUUAUGAAUUUCUUGAUACUUCAGAUUCUGCACUAAAGCACCUUCUACAUAUGCCUGAUAGUGAUGUUGGAUUCUUGGGACAGAAUGAUAGUUUCUUGAAUCUUCUUGAUGGUACAUGUGACCAAGAUAGUCUCCUUCAUAUCUCUUCAGAGAGACAAUGUCUGAACUGA